AUGCAAACCAGAGUAUUUUUGAUCCUUUCCUGCAUCUCCUGCUGUUACUACCUUGUCAGUGCUAAGUUUAUCGAAUUGAUAUUUCAUGUGACGGAGCACACGGAGCCAAAUAAAUGGAUUGGAAACCUGUUUCAUUCUAUCUCACUGACUAAUCUUAACGUCCGCUCAGUAAACAUUGAAUCCCCGCCAAUGGAUGAAUGGCAUCAUCUUGUACAUAUCGACACGAUCAAUGGCGAUAUCCGAACGGCCUCUGAAAGCUUCAGCACCUUGGACCGAGAGAAGAUUUGCCCUGUUGAACCCUUCGGAAAACCGGUGCUUGACUGCCGAAUCUCCCUUUUGAUAUCUGUUGACCAAAAACUUCUGGUUUCAUUACACAUUAUUGUCGACGAUGUUAAUGACUCACCACCCGUAUUCCUUCAGAAUGGGCAAAUCGUCAAUGAAAUCUCCCUAAGGCUUCCAGAAACGGCUGAACCCGGUUCUACCACCGUUGAACUUCCUGCCGCCAUCGAUCCAGAUCUUACGUCGGCAAACUCUCCUGUUAUAUAUAACCUCAUCGGAGAAAACGUACCCUUUUCGUUGACAGUAUCUGGCUUGCCCAAGCUUAUUGUAUCCUCUCCUCUCGAUUACGAGAGGACCCAAACGUACCUUUUUUUUCUACAAGCCUGUGAAGGACGCCAGGCAAGUCACUUGUGUUCCUCCAUUCAGGUUUCUGUACACAUCGACAAUGUUAAUGACCAUAAGCCUAUUUUUGCUAACUCAACAUACAACGCGGUUAUAAAUGAGGAUAUCCCAACCGGAACAACAAUUCUAACGGUAGAGGCUACUGACGACGACUCUCCACCAUUUGGAAACGUGUCCUACUUUUUGGCGCUUCCUCACAAAGCAACCGACCAAUUCCCCUUUUCAGUAGACGAAAAAACUGGUCAGGUAUUUCUUAGCGCCAGCCACCUCGAACCGAAAAAGUAUUCCUUUGUGGUGGAAGCUACUGACGACCCCAAUAGUCAGUCUACAGCAAGCAGACGCGCAACAACGCUGGUAGUUAUUUUUGUGGCUGAUGUAAAUGAUCACAGUCCGGUUAUUGAAUUAAAACCAUCAAGCAACAUAUCAAAUGCAAAGUACACUUCGUUUGCGGAGGAAUUCGUUGUUGAACUUCAAGAGGAGGUUCUCGAUCCAACUGUGCUGGUGUAUCUUACGGUGAGGGAUAAUGACGAAGGCGCCAAUGCCCUCUGCUCCUGCCGUUUGAACAACUCUCCCUUCGCGGAUAAGCUCGAAUUAACUAAGGUAAAUCAGUUGUCACCACAAACGAGUGUCUACAGGCUAGUGGCUAACAAGCCCAUUGACGCUGAAGAUCCAACUGUGAUACAGCAUUUAAUUCAACCGGUAGAGGAGGACUCUUGCGUGGGUGUUGCCGGGUUCCUGGCGAUAAAUGUUACCUGUACUGAUUCCGGGGUCAAACCACUCGCGGCUCAGGCGACGGUGUACAUUGCACUGCAGGGUCGUGAUGAAUACCCGACAAAGUUUAUUUUUCCCGAUUCGUCUGAGAUCUAUCGUCUGUCGGUCCCUGAAAACACACUGGUGGGGACCAAGCUGAUGGAGCUUGUUGUGACCGACCAGGACACCGGAAGAUGUGUGCACAUUUGGAAGAACCUGGGUGCCGAUGAAAUCCCUGUUGACACGCUCGAUGGUGCUCUAGUGCUCACGAAAGCCCUGGAUUAUGAGACUUCCACGUCACUCACAUUUACAAUUUCUGCAGCAGAACAUGCCAACGGCCGGCAGUCGGAACAGACGGCUUCUGCAACAGUCUUCGUCGAAGUUGUAAACGUAAACGACAAUCGACCUCAAUUGACUUCAGUGAAACCAUUUGAAGCAAAAGCAUGCCGAAAACUAACCUCCAUUGUGGGUGAUUUGUUCAACCAAACUGUGGGCUGCUUUGCUAUCGAGGUUGAGGAGGAAGCAGAGGUCGGGUACCUAGCCGGUCAGUUGACGGCUUUCGAUGCCGACACACCUAACACUACGAGUGGAUUUAUUUUCAGCUUAAUUGGAGCUUACGCACCCACGAUUUCACAGAAAGAGGACAAACUACUGACAUCGCCUAUUGCAGUAACGAAGAACGGAGAACUCAUUGUAACAGGACGUCUGGACAGGGAGACAUUUAACUGGGUGAACUUGCUCAUUUCCGUAUCAGACGGAGAAGAGAGCUCUCUCUCGCUUGUUCGCGUCAACUUAGUUGAUAUUAAUGACAAUCGUCCAGUCUGGCAAUUUCCCUCGCUCACUGAUUACCACAUUUCCGUAAGUGUUUUUGCUCAGACCGAGAAAGUUAUUUCCAGGGUACAAGCGCUUGAUGCCGACUCAGGAAUCCUGAAUGGCGCCCUUGAGUAUGGGAUUCUGCCCCAACCACAAAGUAUGGCAGGCUUUUCAGGAAGCAGUUUACUGAAAGACCAACUCAUUCAUUCCUUGUAUGGAGCACAUCUGUUUUCCAUAAAUUCACACACAGGAAAACUGUCCGUGAAGCAGACCCUGCCUAACCAGACGAAUAUGCCUUACCGCCUGGACAUAACAGCAACAGACAAGGGGAGACCCCCGUUACAGUCCACGGCCCACCUUCUAAUCUCCAUAACAGAUAAAGCGUUUACUGAACUCCAGUCGAUCCAGCCAAACUUCAUUGUGAGUUCAAAUAACCUUCAAAACGAUGGUGUUGAAACAGCCAUGCCACCAUCUUCGAAUUCAGUCACAGAGAGAUCUGAAUUGCAAGGUUCCCCGAAAAAUGUUAAAAAUUGGAUUCAAAUAAUAGGCAUAUCGGUGGGAGCCCUGACACUAGUCUUUUUCAUUGCCAUAAUGGCCUUCGUGUUCUGCAAGCGAAUGCAAGGUGGAAGCCGGUCUCUUUAUCAAAAGUCCUCCAAACCAAUAGAGCUCCAGUCACAUCGAGAAAUGCAGGGUUCUCCAGAAGUGGGUUCUCCAGUACACGAGUCACUGCUAGGGCAGACGGGGGUUAAGGGAGCAGCCGUAGCUUCCGCGACCGGCCCACACCUAUCCGCACCCCCAGCAUCCUCUCCUUUAGCCCCUUCACUUCCUGUGAUCGGCAUUCCCGCCUGCUCAAUAGCCCUCAGCACAGGCGACCCCACUCAGCUAGAUGCAAGCAAUUCAAAGAACUUACCCGUUAUUGUCAGCCUCGCUGUGUUGCCCGCCGACAACCGCUUUCCCGAACCCACCGAGUACGUGGUUAUCUCUGACGGUGUAGCAGUGGAUACCCACAAACCCGAGUGGCAGGUCGUCAGCACAACUUCGGCUGGAAAUGCUCUGAUGCACGGAGAGGAGUGGAUGCAGUAA